GUUCAAGCACAACGUCAAGUCGUUUCAGCAGAUGGUUAUUUGCCGGAGCAGAAUUUUCCUUCCCCCCAAAAGUUGUAAAACCCUCUCUGCGUGUGAGGUUUAGGGUUUAUGAACCGUUGCAAUAUUCGAAAAUAGACCCCUCACAGAAAUCAGAAAUCAGAAAAACGAAAAAGCAAAAGCAUAGUUUGAUUUCGGCCUUUAGGGCUUUUAUUUUUGGUCUUUGAUUAUGUGGCCUAGAGCUGGGCUGAACUGUAGAUGGAAUAUCCGGCGGUUUUGUACGCGUCGUAUUCAGGACGAGGGUCACUGGCUUUACUCGUCGGAAUGGUGGGGUACGAACUCCGAUGGCCAUACCGUUCUCCGUUCUACUUCUGAGAAAGGAAACGGCGUCGUUUCUGUCCUCGCUUAUUCUUCUUCUAGACCUAAUGAGGCUUAUUGGCCGGAAACUGAAAGAUGGCUGCAGAAAAGGUAUGCCGAGCUACACCCUGGUAAAGAGCACAAUGUACGUUUUAGGAUUCUUGGAUAUCAGUGGCGCACACUUCGCUUUAAUGAUGAUACACGGCAAAGCACUGCUAAAGUGAUGGCAGCUUACCAACAAUCAGAACCUAAUUCUAUAUUCCUGAUGCAGCAGGCUCAUUGUUUAGCUGUUCCAUAUGUGAAGAGUAUGGUAUCUGUUGGGUUGACUACUUUAGCAUCCUGCAACUAUGACCUUAUGGAUGCUGUACGUGGGAAGAAAACAAUGCGUAUUUUGUGCAUUGGUCAUGGUGGGGGAAGUUUGCCAUUGUUUCUGGCUAGCAAAAUUCAAGGUGCUGUAAUUGACGUGGUUGAAAUUGAUCCCCUUGUUAUAUCUGCUUCUAUCCAAGCAAUGGGUUUUCCAGCUUUCAGUGUUGUGUCCUCACCAGGUCAGCGUGCCUUACGAAAACCUGAUACAAUUAAUGAAGUAAUGUGGAGAGGCAUCCAUGAAAGGCUUUACCUCUAUGAAUCAGAUGCUGAAUUUUUUGUCCUAAACAACAACAGCAAUAUAUAUGACAUUAUCUUUAUUGACGCUUAUGAUGGUGAUGACAUCUUCCCACGCAAGCUAUGGGAUGCGGAUUCCCCAUUUCUCCAAGCGCUCAAUAGCAGGCUGCAUCCUGAUUAUGGCACUGUCGUGGUGAAUCUUCAUGCAGAUGAUGAUGUCCUCAGUUCAAAUCCAUCAGUUUCAUAUUUUUAUCAACAAGUCCUGCCAAUGAGUAUGCAUGUUCCUAAAGUUUGCAGAGCAUACAAGGAUGUUCUGGUGGGAAAUGGAAAUUCUUCUGGUGGGAAAGAAGGUUCAGGAUUUGUAUUCACUGUUUCAGUUCCUUGGGUGUGUAAUACAUCUAUGGUUGUAUGCAGAGGUUUAGGGAUGAGCAAUUAUAGUAGGGAUUCCAUUGCUAAUGCUGUGAUAUCUAAAUCUCUUGAAGUUGAAAAUAUACUGGACUUGCCAUUCUCUUGCGUGGAGUAUAUAAAAAGAGAUUUUACGCUCGUUGAUUGACCUUCAAAUGGCUGAUAAUCUUGCAUUUCUCUGUGCCCAAAUCGAGUAGAGCUAUAAAUAUUAUUUCUUUUGAACUUUCGUUUUCUCA